UUUCUUUUAGUAAUACUGAUUGUUCUGUAAAGCUGCUUUGUGACAACACCUGUUGUAAAAAGCACUAUAUAAAUAAACUUUGCGUGCUUGCUUGUUUGCAAUAGUAAACCGUGCACAAAACGCUCCCCUGACGUAGCUACUAAUUAUAGUAACACCCUGCUGAGUUUACGUUUUGUAGGAUACGAUAGUCCAAAAAUACCUCUGACACUAAAAUCCCCAAAAUCCUCUUUUACAUAAAGCUAAAGUUCUUCCUCAUUAUCUGGUGGAGAAAGUUACAUGUGGGUGCUCGCAAAUGGAAAAUCCAGUAGGUAGGUAGUUUCCAGUCGGUGUGGCUAUAAAGCUGCUGCUAUGAGAGUCAGAUGACACAGCGAGCUUCACUCACUCUGAAGAACACUCUUUCACACCCUGCACCAACGCAAAGAUAAUGGCCCAGAUUUCUGGCACAGCUCUCACACUCCUGCUGGUUCUGACAGUCAGUCUGUUCUGUCAGAAUGCCACCGCUUUGGCCUGUUGCAGGAAAUACACAAAAGGAGAGAUCCCUUUCACACGUAUCAGAGGAUAUUCCAUCCAGACUGUCAGAACGUUCUGCAACAUCGAUGCUAUCAUCUUCCAUACUAGCAUUGGCCGAAAUGUUUGCGCCGAUCCUUCUCAGAACUGGGUGAUGGAGACUAUCCACAAACUCAAGGACAAAGUGCGGGCUAUGACGAAGAAGCAGGCAAAACAUCAGUGAAGAAACUGAAGCAAAGCAUCUGAAGAAACUCAACAUUUUACCAAGAAUUUAAUAUAUAAUCACAAUAACAAUCAUAAUAAUAUAUUUAUAACUUAUUCAUUUGUUAUUCUUUAUGAAGAAGCUAUUAUUUUUAUGCAA